AUGAGUAGCAAGCUUUGGGAGUUCUUCCUGCGCGAUGACGUUGAUAGCUUCCGGCGGGUUCUGGCAACUGCCAGCUAUACCUCCGGUAGCCAGCGGGCUUCAGGACCUGCCGGAUCGUCUAGUUUCAAGAUCGGAAGCCCUGGGGGUAUCAUAGCCUCCAGUGGCCUCUCUUUGAAAAGCAAGAAAUUAAGCGGAACGUCGCCAGGUAGUCCGGUCCCGGAUCGAAGCAAUACACCUCGGAGUGGAGCGACAUUAUCUCGGGAGGAAUUGAAUGCUCGUGAUCAACUUGGCAGAACGCUACUCCACCUUGUGGCUUCAUCGACAAAACCUACUGCGACUGACUUUGCUGUUGCUUUACUCGAGGCGCCUUUCAUUGACAUAUAUGCACAAGACUGGGAGAGUGGGUGGACAGCGCUACAUCGGGCUUUGUAUGCGGGGAAUGCCGCUAUUGCCCAAGCGUUACUGAUUCGCGAUGUGCGCGAUGCAACGGACUUUAGUAAAUCGGGAAAUACAAGCAACGCGAGUGGCACCUUGAUAAAAAUCAAAGAUCGAGAAGGAUACAGCCCUUUUGAUGUAUAUGGAGCUACGAUUGCGUCUCGUGACAUCAAGAGUAUUGUCUCUUCGACAGCGGAUGUUUCAAAGCUCGCCGAUCUUGACAAUGCAGAUACGGCCUCUAUUGCGUCCUCGCAACUUGACGACUUCGAUGGAGAUGGCCAUUUUGCAAAGCGAGUGUUAAAACCAAGAACAAAUGUGCUAGGCGACGAAGUAUUUACGUUCGGGAGCAAUAAGAACCUGAAUCUUGGUGUAGGGGACCAGGACGACCGCCAGUAUCCGGAAAGAAUAACUUUCCGACGUCCAGAUCACCUCUUGCAGCGGUUCUUUUCCGAUUUCCAAGAGCAGCAGUUGGAUGAAGGGAGUUCAGAUUUCCAACAAGUGCGCGGAGUUACAGAUUUGCCAGCAUUGAUCAAGAACAAACCUAUCAAGAUCCAGAACAUUGCCAUGUCCAAGCUGCACACAGCUAUUCUCACUAACGAUCCAGAGUCGAACCUGUUCUUGUGCGGCUUCGGCCCUGGAGGGCGCUUAGGUACCGGUGAUGAGUCAACAAGGUUCAGCUUUGUCUGCAUCGAGACCGGAGGGUUGGCUAGCAAGAAGGUCAUCUCUGUUGCCCUUGGCCAGGAUCACACUCUCGCAAUAACAGAGAACGGCGAGAUAUUCAGCUGGGGAAGCAACAAGUUUGGUCAAUUAGGCUAUGGUCUUCCAAGAACUAACAACCGAGACGAUGUGCCGAUGCAGAAGACCCCACGACAGAUAUUCAAUCCGUUCAAGAAGGAAACUAUUCUUGGAGCUGCAGCAUCUGCUAUACACUCAGUCGUUUUCAGUAACUUUGGCCUUUAUACAUUUGGCAAGAAUGAAGGUCAACUUGGACUUGUCGACUCCGAUGCCCGAUCUCUCGAGACUCAGACAACCCCUCGGCGUGUCGGAGCGUCUCUUUUUAGUGCACCCAUCCAGAGUGUGUCCGCUAUUGACCAAGCCACGACCAUUCUUCUCCAGAAUCAUGAGGUUUGGGUAUUCUCACAAUACGGCUAUUCGAGACUGUCUUUCCCAUUGGACAUCAGUUCAAGUUUCAUUAGAAACAGCUUCAUGUCUACCCGGUACGACACUUCUAUCAAUCGUAUUGUUAAGGUGACGUCCGGUGGAAAUACUAUAUGUGCGUUGUCCAGUUCUGGUGAAGUCUUCACAGUACAAGUCAACCGAACAGAGAACCCACCAAGUUCGACUUCUACCACAAACCCAACUAAGACACGGAACUCUUUAUCUACACCGGCUCGAGUGUGGUCUGUGAAGAAGGCUCACAUGGCCGUCAAAGACGUCGACGUUGGACAAGAUGGCUCGAUCAUCAUUUGCACGGCUUCUGGAUCGGCCUGGAGGAAAGAAAAGCGGGGGAAAGCGAAGGAUAGCUCAUCAAAGGACCACAAAUUUGCCCGCGUACCUGGGCUAUCUCGAGUUGUGAGCGUAUGUAGCAACGCAUUUGGAGCUUUCGCAGCUGUACAACAGAACUGUGACGUGACCAGGGAGCAAAUCAAUGUCGACCAAAGCACCCUAUGGAAGGAUAUGUUACCACUCUCACCUUUCAACUCUGUAGUAGGGUCUCUUGCCACGGAUCAAGACGGUGUGUUGGACCCAGAGCCCAUCAUCAAUAUUAAGAAGGCCGUCAUGUCAGACCCGGUUCUGAGAAAGGCGUUCCAUGAUCUACGGCAUGCACAGUCCUUCUCCAUUCCCGACGUGCUUAUAAUAAAGUACGAUGGUGAAGGAUAUGCACAACUUCAACUCCAAGGCGUUGACUUCUUGACUGUUUUGAACCUCGCUUUCUACUCUUACACAGACAAUGUUUUCGAGGUGUGGCAGCUAGUCAAGCAUACGCCGGAAAGUGCAUCCAGGUAUCGUCAGGUCCGUUCUGAAGUGAUGCGUAUUGCCACAUGCCUAGGCCUUCCUAGUCUGGAGAGAUCUGCCAGGCUAAUGAUUGAGCCUACAAAGGCUCUGAAGUCAGAUAUGGAACGUGCGAUCAAUGAUAUCACGUUCUUCGACAGCGGUGAUGUAAUUGUUGAGUUGAAAAAUGGCACAAUGAGGGUCCAUAGCCAAGUUAUUUGCCAAAGAUGUCCGUUUUUCGACGCCUUGUUUCGCGGACGUUCAGGUGGCAGAUGGCUUUCCUCCCGCCGUAUAGACCCAACUGACGAUGUACACGUGGAUCUAAAGCACAUCGAUCGGCAUGUCUUUGAGUUUGUACUUCGGUAUAUGUAUGCAGACACGGAGGAGCAACUUUUCGACCAAGUCCGAACGAAUGACCUGGAAGAAUUCAUCGACCUAGUGCUUGACGUUGCAUUUGUGGCAAAUGAGCUGAUGAUUGACCGGUUGGGUCAAAUCUGUCAGAAGAUGCUUGGCAGGUUUGUAACCACACGUAAUGUGUGUCAUCUCCUCAACGCUAUUGCGCCUUGUUGUGUGUCGGAGUUCAAAGAUGCUGCGUUGGAGUAUAUUUGCCUGAAUUUGGAAGAUCUACUCUCGAAUAGAUUCUUGGGAGAUCUCGAUGAGUUCUUGCUGGGUGCACUUGAUUCUGUUUGCCACGAGAAUCAGCUUUCAAGCUUCCCUGUGUCACGAGGACGCAACUCCGAAGAAUAUGUCUUUGAAAAGUAUCCCGAGCUUGUAUUCUUGGCAGAAAGAGACCGGCGGAGGAAGAUUGAUACCAUGAGGCUUCGGUCACAUAUCAACCAAAUUGAGGCGAAUGAAGGAAAGCUUCGAGCGACACUCACGCCUUCGGGACAAAAAGCGCAACAGACUCCUACUAAGGGGGCUUCAGCUGCUACGUCACGUAGCCCAUCAUUGAAGCCCAAGCAUUCAAUCAGCGACCUAAUGUUCCAGAUGGAUGACGAGAAUUUGCUCACACCGGGAGAAUUGAUCAAAGGAAAAGCGGCAGUCCGUGGGGUCAAACCGAAUGAUGCCAAUGACAGUCGCUCAUACCCCGACUCACCAGCUCUGGGUUCUAGUCUAGCAGAGAGAGGAUCAUUGGAAGGCCGAAGUUACCUGGAUGACCAGAUGGCUUCCCCACAAGAUGCUAUGCUUGCAGAGUCUCCAACUGAACUACGAGCCAGUGCUCUGAACGGGAAAAAAAAAGGUUUUCUUACUCCACCGGACGCCUCUCAGAAACCAUGGAGUGCAUCAGUGGUUUCAGGCUCCAAGAAAAACCUAAAAGACAUCAUGGACGAAGCCUCAGAAAACCGCGUGUCGAAUCUCAGCUUAGGUAUCUCUUCCGUCCCUCGGGAAAGCAACAGUAACAACAGCAACAAUCUCCCCCCAAAGCUGUCCCAAAAGGAGCGCAAGAAGAUCCAGCAACAACAAAUGCAAGAGAUGCUUGCCGCUCAAAAGAAAGCCAAAGAACCACCCCAAAACCCAUGGAAAAUGGCUACACCCACCAAACCGAUACCAUUAGGAGCCACCAGCGGACAAGACAAUCAAACCCCCGGUUCAGUCAAAUCAACCCCGAAGGGGCCUUCCAUGACCCUCCGUCAAACCGUCGCCGGGACACCACCGCCAUCAAAACCAGGAACACCACCCGUACAAAUCCAGAACCGCAAGGCCUCUACCACAAUCACACAGACUCCCUCCAGACCUUCCAUCUCAGGCCCAUCAACAGCGCCAUCUCCCAACCCUCCAGCAACCCCACUACCCCAACCUCGACCCGCGAUCCAAUCAGUCCGCCACAUUCCCCGCCCAGAACCAUAUCAAACCAGCUUCACCUCCCCCUCCCCAAACUCUCUCUCCUUAGCCACAAUCCUCAUGCAACAACAAACAGAAAAAGACGAAAUCCGCGAAGCAGCAACAGCCAAACACAACCUGCAAGACAUCCAAGCCGAACAAGAAUUCCAAGAAUGGUGGGACAAAGAAAGCAGACGCAUCCAAGGCCUGCCCCCCGUGGACCAAAAAGAAAACGAGAGAGACGGUCGAUCCGGCCGCGGCGGCCGUGGCAAGGGAGGCCAGGGUCAGGGCCAACAACGCAAGAGACGCGGCGGCGGAGGAAAAGGCAGCGGGAAUACUACCUCUACACCAGCUCCUUCUCAACAACUACCUCGGGGCAAUGGGCCUGACCAACCUGGACAGAAGAGCUCGGCUUCGACGCCCCGCCAGCAGCGGACUGUACAUGUUGGUGCCGCUGCUGGUGGGAAUAAUGCCCGUCGUGGUGGCAGAGGUGGUGGUCGUGGACGAGGUAAAGAUCGGGAUAGGAAUACUUGA